AUGAACACGCUUUGGAUGAUCCUCACGGUGAUGACCGUGAUUGCUCUCGUCAUCUCCUUCUUCCUGAAAGGAAAGGCCAUGGCGGCAAGAGUGAGAGAGUUUUUAGGAACAUCAAAACAAAGAGCUGUAAAGUUUAUGAGUGAAUUCAAGAGAAAGACUUUCCAUUUGGUUGGAUUAUUGGUGCCUGGUAUUUAUUAUUUUGGAUUAAAAUUCGGAUUCUUGACCAAGUUCCAGGCUUGCUCGAUUGUGGCUGGAUUUGCUGGGUUUUCAUUGACGGUUGAUCUUUUGAGAUUAAAGUCUGAAAGAUUCAACAAAAUGUUCCAAGAAUCACCUGCCGGCAAGAUUAUGCGAAAGAAAGAACUCAAUGACAUCAACGGCUCAACGUAUUAUUUAAUUGGUUCAUUGUUGACAAUGAUUUUGUUCCAUCCAACCAUUGCUAUUGCAUCACUCUUGUUCUUGGAUUUGGGAGAUUUGUUUGCUGCAUUGGUCGGUAUCUCAUUUGGUAGAGUUAAAGUGUACAAGAGCAAAUCAUUGGAAGGAUGUUUGGCUAAUUUCUUCAUUUGCAUGGCUGUUGGUUUGACCAUCUUUUAUCACGUGCAUCUCUACGAAUAUAUUUCUCUCAUUGGUGCUAUUACUGCCACUUUAACAGAACUCUUCCUUGACCAAAUUAAUGACAACCUGUCAAUUCCAAUUAUGAGUGGUAUUGCUCUCACUUUAGCUCAAUGGAGAUUAGGCGUUGACAUUCCGUUCAUGUAA